GGGCAGCGCACGGGCGUUGCAGGGCAUAGUGCACCAAUCUGUUAUUAUUAACCAAUGGCGACCCAUCUUACACCCUCAUCUACCAGGAUUAUUUAAUUUGCCUUCUACAACGAGGCUUGCAAAUUCAUUUCAGUUGAAUUCACUCGGAAGGGAGGGGGAUCUGGGCAAGGACGAGGGAUGGAGGAGGCAAAGGCGUUGACACAGCAGCAGCAGCAGCAGCUGUUGCUUCAACACCAGCAGCAACAACAGCAGCAGCACCAACUCUUUCUCCUGCAACAACUGCAACAGCAAAAGCAACAUCAUCAGCACCAGCACCAGCACCAGCACCAGCAGCAACAAGCAGCCGCAAUGGCUCGCUUCCCCUCCAACAUCGACGCUCAUCUUCGCCCUCCAGGACUUAUUCACCGACCGCUCACUCUCCAACAGCAGCCACACCAUCAAAACCCUAACCCUAACCCUAACCCUAGCGCCACUCCCAAUGUCAUCCAACAGCAACAGCAGCAGCAGCAACAGCAACACCAAGAGCAGCCACUGCUGCUGCAGCAGCAGCAGCAGCAACAACAACAACAACAACAACAACAAAAGCCCAGCUCCGCCCAGCAGCAGCAGCAGAAGCAGCAGGAGGCUCAGCAGCAACAAAGACUGGUUCGAUCCGGGAACCCCACUGAGCUCCAGAUGGCGUACCAGGACGCCUGGCGCGUCUGCCACCCUGACUUCAAGCGCCCCUUCUCUUCGCUCGAGGAUGCCUGCGAGAGGCUAUUGCCUUACCAUGUUGUAGCAGACUAUGAAGCUGAGGAAGAUGAUAGAAUCCUUGAUUCAGACACUACUGGCAACAUGCCAUCUCGCUCGCAGCAAUGGGACCACAAUAUUGCUGCCAAAGUUGCGGAGUUCACUGCCACAUUUGAGAAACAAGCCCUAGCAUUCAAUAUUAUAUCCCGCAAACGAGCCCAAGGGGAAUUCCGAUCUGAGGAGAGGUUGAUGAUUGAGCAGGCUCUCCUACAAGAGGAGAAAAAAGCCAUGCUGGAACUGAGAGCUGAAAUUGAAUCAAGGGAAAAAGCCAGUAGAGAAGCUCAUGAGGCCAAGUUGAGAAUGGCUGCAAUGGCUCAGGCAGAGCAAGCACGAGCAGAGUCACAGGCUCAUGCUGAGAUGAUGGCUCGAGCCCCUAUAAGGGCGAGUGCACUUGGAUCUCAAGGCAGUGAUGUUCAAAUUGGUCAUAACAUGGCACAGCAGGAUCAUGGAGUUAACCCGGAUGAGUUGAUCAAUGGAUGGGGAAGCAAUGCACAGAGGGAUGAGAAAGAGCCGUCUGAGGAUUUCUUGAAUGAUGAGGAGACUGAAAAUGGAGAAACAGGCAUGCAAGAUGAGUGGCAAGAAGUUGGGGAGUUUGAUUUGAAUACUAGGUGAUUCAGUGUUCACAUGGUUCAGUGAUUCAUAGCAGUAUUUCAAAUGGUGUGAAGAUCAUAUUAGGUGAGAUUUAUAGGCCUCAACUCUGAGUUCAGUUUUUGAUUGUGUAUUCUUCAAGGCAUGCGAAAUUGGAGAAACGCAUUUGGAAUGAGAUUGUCUCACUUUGUAUUGGGGUGUGGGAGAGCAAAAGUUGUGUAGAAUAAAGGCAUUACGCUAUGUAUGAAAUAAUACUUGAUGGCGAAGUAUUGGUCCAACAUUUCUCCAA